AGUCUCGCUCGAAGGAGGAAAGCGGGCGGGAAGGAGCGAGUCGGAGUCGUAGAAACACUUUGGCCUGGUUUUGUGCCGCAAAGAUUUGAAAUAAUCAGCGUGAGAGAGGAGAAGGUGCCCUCAACAAAGACGGCGGAAGAAAAAAGAAGGCAAGCCUAGGUGACAAAAGAAGGCGGGGCCUGAGGGAAGAGGAAGGGAGGGGGAGGCGUGACGCACAAAGGCUGCGACGCCUGGAGCUGGAGGAGGCAGGACUGUGCACCCUGCGGGAUGCCCAAGAAGUUCCAAGGAGAGAACACAAAGUCGGCAGCCGCCCGGGCCAGAAAGGCGGAAGCCAAAGCAGCGGCCGAUGCCAAGAAGCAGAAGGAGCUAGAGGAUGCCUUUUGGAAGGAUGAGGACAAACACGUUAUGCGGAAAGAGCAGCGGAAGGGGGAUCGGGAGAAGCGGCGCAUGGAGCAGCUGGAGCGGAAAAAGGAGCUGCAGCGCCUCCUGGACGAGGAAGACGCCCAGCUAAAGGGCAAGGCCCCCAAGGCCCCACCGCCCCCGGGGAAAGUCACCCGCGCCCAGAUUGAGGAGGCGCUCCGGAAGGAGGCCCGGGAGGACGGGGAGGUCGCAGGUGAGAAGCAGAAGAGCCACCUGGAGACUCCCUUGGAGGAGAACAUCAACCGGCAGGUGCUGGAGGAAGGGGCGGUGGAGGCACGAACCAUUGAGGAGGCUAUUGCUGUUCUCAGUGUUGCCGAAGACGCGGACCGUCACCCGGAGCGUCGGAUGAAGGCAGCCUUUGCAGCCUUUGAAGAGGCACAGCUGCCACGCCUGAAGCAGGAGAACCCCAACAUGCGCCUCUCGCAGCUCAAGCAGCUGCUCAAAAAGGAGUGGAUGCGCUCCCCGGAGAACCCAAUGAACCAGCGGCACCUGGCCUACAACAGCCAGAAAUGAGACUCUCCUUCCUUCCUAGUAUAAGGAUAAAAUGGUUGCAGGUGUCCCCACACUCCUUUGCUUACAACCCUAUCGGGGGGUGCCUCCUAUUUGCUGCAACAGGCAUCGUGGGGAAGGGAAGUCCUUCUGGAUUACAAUUCCCAUCAUUCUGCAGAAGGUAAGGGAUGGUGGGAGUUGUCGCCAGGAUCAAAGGGUUCCCGACCCAUCUCUUCGAAAGGGAUUUUGCAUUUGCUUCCUUUGCAGGGGUAUUUGGGGGAUGGAAAUAUUCCUAAAAAUAUCACAUUGGAAAUUGCCAAA